AUGAACACUCCGCCCCAACCCCUAAUUAACUUCAUGCCUAAGAUCUGGGAGAUAGUCGAAAAGAUUGAAGGGAAUAUCGUGACCCAGUCCGAGCAAAAUUUCAUUGAUGGUAGGGGUCCUGCAUACGUUGCUGGAAAGGUUUUGUGUCGCCCCUCCGGUGCGCAAGGGCCCCUCGGGUUCUUGCGUAUCUACCAGCAGAUACCCUGGCUUGGAACAGAAUUGCAAAAGGCUUCAGUCCGAGCUGCCCAGGCUAUCGGGCCCUUCGAGCCCCCAGAGCUCCAAGCCCUGAAGCACUUCAAGCAGCGAGGCUGUAAAGUUGUUCCCGAGCUUCUUGGAUAUCAGUUUGGGAAGCAGGAUAAGGGAGAUAUCAUAUCGGGCGGAUUUGUCACAUAUGUGAUAUGGGAGAAGGUGCCUGGCGAGCCCUUGGAAUUCACCCGGUUCUGGAAUUGCACUUUCUCGGAGCGGCAAAACAUUCGCGUCAAGUUCCGACAGAUUUGCGAGUACGUUGCCUACGCGAUUGCCUAUUCAGGGCUGACAUGA